UACGCUUUAUGCGAUACAUUACCUGCAAAGCCUCGUAAAGCAAGACAGAUAGGGCAAGCUACGUAAAUUUUGGCCAGGGCUCCAAAUGACAUAUUUGGAAAGUGUGUGAGGAAGGAGGAGGAAGGCAGAGAAAGAAUAGCAUGCGAAUCCUCGUUUUCAGGUGUGGUGCAGGGUGUCAUGUGUUUGCUCCUUGCCAUGGCCACUGUUGCUUUAUGGCCUUUUUGUGGCAACUUUUCAGGUUUCAGUGUGGUGUUCGUGUGUGGAAUGGCUGCUUGGUCACGGCUGCAGGGAGGCCAAGACCUAGGAGAGAUGGGUACAACUCCUGCAACAGCAAAUGGAGAACACCUCCAAGUGGAAUAGCAUAUCUUCCAUUAACUCUAGUAACACUUGAAGGGAUAUGAUGUCUGAAUGCACCAAGAAAUCUAUAGAAAAGUCACAGAAUUCAGUACUCUUCUGGGUUAAUCAAAAUUGUGAGCACAGUGAUGGUAGAGACCCUCUCAAGCAAUGUACACUGCUGAAACUGGUUGGGCGCUUCCUCAGAAGGGAGGUGAAGACACUGGCCCUUCUCAAAGCUCGCACUGGGUAAAUCACAGAGGAAGCAGCAUAAAUUGCACCUGCUUUUGCAGUUGGUGAUUUCUGCUGCAAAUGGUUGUGACUCAUAGCUAGUAACUAGGUUAGGCAUCUUCUAAAAGAUUUUUCUGAAUCGAUUCCACUCUUGAAAGUGUGAGCAUUUCUCCCUCAUGCAUCUAAGUGCAAUUCAGAUGACUUUUGCAGUCCAUUUAUUAACAGCAAGUAGUACGUAUGGAGUACUUUCAAAGUACUUAAGCAUUUUGUCAGGUUAAUUCUGUCUUUAAAAUGGUUUUUGCUGCCAGCAUUGAUUUGUAACUUGUUUUCUUCAGUUUUCAUUGAGACUUCUGGAAGCUUUGAUUUAAAAAGAAGUCACUUUAGGUAUUUUCUUCAGUUUAGUAGAAUGUGUAUCUUUUCCUGGAACACUAAUAUUCCAGUUCUAAUUACAGUAUUAACCCUCUUAUAUAAGGACAAUAUAAAAGCCUGAAAAUAUCUGUUUAAAAAGUGAGGUUGAACUGGAACUUGUUUUUUUUAGAUGUUUCCUAAAAAUACUAAAUGUUUGCUGUGUGGGUGCAUUUUGUAUUAUUUCCUCCUUCUUACCAAGAUCUUUGAACAUCUGCAGCAAUGGAAUUAGAAGCAUUCUCUGGAGGUUAAAGACGCAAUGGAGGGAAUUAAUUCACUUCUGGUUUUUAGGGAUGUUCAUUUUAAAGAUUACGUGAAGAUGAAAAGGGCUAUCUUACGGUUUUACAGAAUAUAAAGCAAUACUCUGACAUGACGGCAAAAAAUGUUGGUGUGACUUCCACAAAUGGAGACUUGAAAGGAUUUAUAGAUCAGAACCAGAGUCCAACAAAAGACUUGAAGAGAUCAUUUCUGCUGAUGUGUACUAUCUUGUAAUAAUACAUUGCCUUCAAACCUUAAGAAAUUACCCACUCCUCAGCACAAAGAGGUAAUAUUUCAAUAAUUGCAUUACCAGUUUCCAGCACAAACUCGCCAACAAAGAUUUUGCCAAAAACCUUAGGACCAAUUAAUGUGAAUGUUGGACCCCAAAUGCUCAUAAGCACAUCACAAAGACUGACCAAUUCAGGGAGUGUUCUGAUUGGGAGUCCAUAUAACCCAGCUCCAACGAUGGUCACGCAGACGCACAUAACAGAAGCUACUGGCUGGGUUCCAGGGGACAGAAAGAGGACUCGAGAAUUUAUAGAAUCAGAUUUUUCAGAAAGUAAAAGAUGCAAAAAAGGAGAUAAAAAUGGGAAAGGUCUGAGGCAUUUUUCAAUGAAAGUAUGUGAAAAAGUUCAACGUAAAGGAACAACUUCAUACAACGAAGUUGCUGAUGAGCUGGUGUCAGAAUUCACAAAUUCUAACAGCCACCUAGCUGCAGAUUCGCAGGCUUACGAUCAGAAAAAUAUUAGACGGAGAGUUUACGAUGCCCUUAACGUGCUGAUGGCAAUGAACAUAAUUUCAAAGGAGAAAAAGGAAAUUAGGUGGAUCGGCCUUCCUACAAACUCAGCUCAGGAAUGUCAGAACCUAGAGAUAGAAAAACAGAAGAGGAUUGAACGGAUAAAAGAGAAGCGAGCACAGCUACAAGAACUGCUGCUGCAGCAAAUAGCAUUCAAAAACUUGGUACAAAGAAAUCAGCAAAAUGAACAACAAAAUCAAGGCCCUCCCGCUUUGAACUCAACAAUACAGCUGCCUUUCUUAAUAGUCAACACUAGCAAAAGAACAGUCAUUGACUGCAGCAUAUCAAGCGAUAAAUUUGAAUACCUCUUUAAUUUUGAUAACACUUUUGAGAUUCACGAUGACAGUGAGGUGCUGAAGAGAAUGGGAAUGUCCUUUGGACUUGAGGCAGGCAGAUGCUCAGCUGAAGACCUAAGAACUGCAAAGUCACUGGUGCCAAAAGCUUUAGAAGGCUACAUCACAGAUAUGUCUGCUGGAUUUUCAUGGAUGAACCAAGGAUUACUUUCAAAUUCAGCACAAGCAAUUUCACAUUUAGAGGUAGCAGGAGGCACUUCUGAUUCUAAAUCAAGUGAGAACCCAGGGUUGUGUCUGGAUGCUGAAGUGGCCUUAGCAACUGGGCAGCUUCUUGCCCCGAGCAGUCAGCAGUCCAGCAGCGCAGCGUCACGCUACUCUGAAUCACGGGGAGAAACUCCAUGCUCAUUCAAUGAUGAGGAUGAAGAGGAUGAAGAUGACGACUCUUCCUCCCCAGAAUAAAGACAGUAGAAAAUGGAAUACACAAAAUGCUGCUCAUACGUAUUCUUAAUGGGAGCUCCUGUUUGGAUUUUACUUAUGUCUCUUGCCUUGGUUUGCACUGUGUUCAGUGAAGCAAAAUGGAAGCUUCAAAACAAAUUCACCCAAAGCUGAAAUUGAAAACUUUUUGUAGCUGAACAGAGAGACAUGCAGACACAGAGCAAAGUGGGUUUUUUAAUCAACGAUAACCAAGGAAAAGAACAAAGUCCCUGGAGAUCUGGCAAAGAAAACAUCAAGAUCAUAUUUUUCAUUUGGGGACUUUGUCUCAAGUCUCUUUCCUCUCCAUCCGGUAAAGAUAAGGGGAAGAGGUAAAGAUAAGGGGAAGACAACACGUGCCGAUUCUCACAUUGUCUUUUGGCUGUGCUACCUUUAAAGAAAAAAGAGGGGGAAGAGAGAGAGCGUGCACAACAACACGCUAAAAUAGCUAUUUAAAACUCUUGUAUGAAAAUUGUUGUAGGGAGAAGGGGCUGUUAGAAUGUUUGCUUUUUUCUGUUCAAUUUGCUGUAUAGAAGAUUCUUAAAGUAAUAUAAAUUUCAGGUGAUUAAAUGAAUCUUGAAAUAGUUUAAAUCCAUUUUAGAUACUCUUCAAGUAACAUUAGUAUGUCUCUUUUCAAAGGUUCGUAUGUUCAUUUAUACUACAGACCUAAUUUAUUAUAACUAAGGGAUGAUUAUUAGCCAUUAUUAAGCAGUCAGGAUUAAAAUAGCAGUAUUCUCUGCACCAGCUUUUUUUCAAGGAAAAAGAGCAGAAAAGUUUUAUUUCGAGAUUGUAGUGUAUCCCAUAUAGCUUCUCCUUUACUGUUCUUACUUUAUAAUCCAUCCGAUUUUAUAGCACAUGUAUUAACAAAGGGAAAAAAAAAAAAAAAAGAGGCCUCUAUGUUAAGGAUCUCAGGCAGUACUUUCAAAUUCAAGGUGGGUUGUUCACAUAACAAAAAGUUCAGAAUCUGAGGAAAAAAAAUAAAAUUUUGACAGCAUGUAAUUUAAUGUUUUGCAUUCUAGUCAGCUUGGAUUAUGACAGACUAAUUUGCUUUUAAUUAAGUUCCACUGCGAGCACCUUCAUGUGCCUUUGAAAAAUAUCAAUAUUGAACAACUACUUAAAGUACUUUGUGGCUGAAGUUACACAAAGUGAAUUCCGUUUGAACUGGUAAAUUAGAACAGGUGGCUUCGUGUUCUGUAUUUCACAUCACAUCCAAUCACAAAAACCUUUAAAAAAAACUGUGAAUGACAGCAAAACGCGCUGUGGAUGUAGAGUUCUCCCGGUGUCCUAACAUCCAGUAUUUUAACUAGUCUUGAAGUUAACUACUUUUACAAAGUAAAGCCAGAUAAGAAUAGUGUUACAUACAGUACAAAAAAAUAAAAAGUAGUAGUUGUCCCUUCUAUUAGCUGUCAGAGCUCAAUGACACUGGCUCUGCUAUCUAGUCAGAGAUCAGGCAGCUCAGAAAACUGCAUUUGCUUGAGCGAGGUCAGCAAAGCAUACCCCUCAGCUGCUCUGACCACUGCUCCAGCCCAGCGUGUCCCCGAUCCCUUACAGACACAUCGGCACUCAAGCCCACACGAUCCAAAAGCAAUAAGGUAGGAAGAGAAACUGAGGCUUCAGCUGAAGAGCUGCCUGGCUGUCCUGCAGCUGUUAGCACAUGACACACAGGACAGGCAAAACCGUGUGGAGCACACAAGUACACGUGCAGGUCUGCAUUAAACAUUAAGGCAUCCACAUGGACACUUUUCAGAUAAUUCAAACUCCCGCAUCUCACGUAGAGUUAGGGCAGGCAGCAGCAGACUGAGGGAUUUACACCACCUCACUUCAACCAAAUCUGUAGCACUACCUCGAGAUGAAGAAAAGCUUUACUAAUGCAAAAUAACGUUGUGAGAGUCAAUGUACUUGACAAAUUUGUGAAAUAAGAGGAGGGAGAUAAGGUAACAGAAACUCCAGGCAUAUCAUUAGGGAAUUACGAGCUUCAUUAAUGACAUUUCAUUUUAAAAGAUUACUGGUUUAUUUUUUAAAACACCUUUUUUUUCUUGGAAAAUUGUCCUGUCAGCUUUCAUUGGAGAGGGCAGAUCAAAGAUACCCAAUAUACACAGGACAUCCUAAGGCACGCUAAAGAGGGGAGCAUUUUCCAAAGUAAUUAUUGUUCACCCCUAUUACAUUAUGGGCAAAAGUAACCCUACACUUUCUUAACACUUCCCGCUUCAGAUCUUCAGAAAACAAAAACCCACCAUCAACACACUAAACAACUGCUGAAGAGGAGAAGCUCUGAACUAUAAGAUGUAGACAAAAAAAAAAAAAAGGCUUCUUGCCCAGAAACAGAAUGCAUUUUAUCAGUAGCCACUGUGCUUUCUGCUUUGCAGGAGGAAGAUCUUCAGUACUACGUUCCUCCCGUUGAUGUCUCUGUCUUUCAGAGCAGCAGACUGCACAGCUACUUGCUUUCUGGCAAACAAAGCUAUCAACUUCUUUAUUUUCUUUUAAUCUAGGAGCACAUAACGUUUAUUUAGACAGUUGAACCAAGAUUUUAGAAGUUAUUUUUCUGAACUAGUUGAAUACAAAGGACUAAACAAGUUAGAACACGCGAAAGGGACUUCAAAAGGAAAUUAGGAUUCUUUGUGCCAAGUUACAGUUGAGGAUGAAGUUCAACUACAGCACUGUGGUCUUGUGGUUGCACAAAGGUCUGGGAACAGGGAGAGUUCUGGGCCUUUUCCAGCUCUAGUCACUCGUGUAUGACCUCAGGCAAGCCUUCCCGUCAUUCUUGUUGAACUUAAUUGAUGUAUUUCCAAAAAAAAAAAAAAAAGGCAACAAACAGGUAAAUGCAGGACCUCACUCAAUAUGUUCAUCUGAACUGAGCUCUGAGCAGUUAAUGAGCAACAAGGAGAUUAAGAAUAAUAACCAACCGCACUGCUCCUGCUAGGCUCAUGGCAGUAGUCGUACUUAGCUGCUUCAACAUGCAAGUUUCCUCUGAAAGGCAGCAGUAGGUAUUUUCCAGAAUAACGUGGUCAGUUGCAAGAUGGGUUUUCCCAUGUUGCACUGAGUUACCAUCAUCCUCUACUGGCUUGCACCAUGUAUUCAUUGCUAGGAAACACGCUGCACCUGGCACAGGAUGGCAACUCACAUAGGGCAGAGUUAGUGUUUGAGUUUUCGUAUACGUUCUAUACGAAAUGGUAUGCCUCCCGGAAUGCUAGUUCUUGGUUAUGCAUUCAGAAGGCAAGCAGUGUGAUGCUGUUUGUAAAUGCUAUUCUAUAUCCUGAAGUAAACAGCUUUAUUUCUGGACUUAUUUUAUGGUGCUUGACAAAUCUAAAUUUGACUUCAACUUGCUAGCAUCACAAGCUAGGUGAAAAAAGUGGAGUGGGAGACAGCAUUUUUCAUUACAUGAAAAAUAGAUAAAAUGUUUGUGGAUUUAGGUUUUUAAAUUUAUAUUGAACUGUGCCAUUGUCUUCUCAACUCAGCACUGGAGUUAAUGGCAACAAUCCACCUACAGGGAUCGGGAUCACACCUGAUCUAACAUGCCUAUAAGUAAAGGCUAAAGCAAACAACAUCAGUUCAACUGAAGGCAUGGUUUUAACUAAUUUAACUUAACUAGCACACACCACACUUUAGAUAUUUGCAUUUUGGUUAAGACUAUAGUUAAUGUCUGCUUUUUAAACGACAGUUUCCAAAUACUCCUAAUCCUUUUCAACAGCUGGGAAUUGCUGGGCAUACACCACACCAACAGAAGGAUUUGUGCCAAACAACCAAGUCAGCCUCAAGUAGCAUGAUGUAAACAGGUCUAAUAACCAAAUUUUAAUCAUAUUUUUAAAACAAAUGGACAAAGCAAACAACUCAUGCUUAUUCAUAAAAUGAUGCCUGAAUUUAGAACAGCUAAGGUUUUAAGUGUUCUGUGCUCUUUCUUCUGCCCACACCCACCAUUUUAAAUCGAGAGCAUGGAUGAAACUUUUUUUUUCAAAAUGACAUUUGAAUCUAAGCCCUGGGCAAUGCUCAUUUUUAUAAUUACCUGCCUCUUGUUAGCUGAGCAUUAUAUCCAAGCACUUUAUAGAGAAGACUUCAAUUUUAAUAAGCUAACUAUACUUGGGGUUUGGAUUUGAUUAAAAACAAAGCUAGUAGCCACAGGCUAUACUAUUUAGUAAACAAACCAGUAGUCAUCUUCCGACUGACCACCUUGUUUGUAUUUCCAUUCACCUAAUUUUCACUGCAAGAGCAUCUCAGUUUCAGAACAUAUGUAUUUUAAACAACCAGGUACAAUGAAGCUGGGAAGACUGUAUAGCUUCUCAUAUUUUUGAUUUAAAAAUUCCUAGCAAUAGUCAUACUCUGGGGCAGCACCAUUCAGCUUCCUCAGAGCUUGGCUCACAUUGAAGACAGGAGUGCUGUGGCUCUGUCGCUCGAGGCUGGGCACAUUGUGCAGCUGAACGCCUCACCCACGGCACUGGGAAGCCGUGCCUCUUGCAGCUCUGCUGAUAACUGCGAAGAGGCUGAGAACAGCUGGUCUGUGUAUUGGUUUUUAAAAUACACCACUCAAUGCAUUUUGACCUAUGCCAACAGAACACUUGUAAUCGCUGGUUAGCACACACCUACCCUUCCAAGCACGUCAGCAGCUCUGAAUACUUCAUUUUCUGCUGGCAGUUGUUCCCUUAAAGCCUGAUGCCCUGCAACUUCUUGAGAUUCUCAUGCCUUAGACUUACCUGAAUUCUCAAAUCAGAUUGCCUUUCCUAUUUAUCUCUCAGAAUUUAGUUUGGCAAGUGUUUUUAAGAGGCUGUGCACAACUGUGCUCUGGACCCAGGUAUAUUGCCAAAAAGAUCCCCACAACCAACCGUAGGAAACUGUUGUUCAUUCCCUCUGCUCUGAUACCACCCUUUCAAGUCUCUGCAGAGCUGCUCAUACAAGUAUUUCCUGGCUUGUUCAAUCAGAUGCAAAAUGCAUGGGUACCUAACCCAGCUGGCAUUGGCAGUUCAGUGAGGGGAUGAUCCCAAAAACAGCCUAACAACAACAGCAGCAAAUUAAAGGGACUGUUUAUCUCAGCUGGUUAGAGAAUGACUGUUCAUUCUGCUUCUUUAAUCCUUCUCCCUUGUCUGGCCUACUCCAAAGGUCAGCCAAAACAAUAUUUUUUUCCCAACUUUUACCUGUUUGAUAGCACCCAGCAAUUCAGGACAGCUACCCAAGCUGCAGACCAAAAAUCCCUGCUCAGAUCUGGGCAGUGUCUGAGAUCUAACCAUCCAAACCCCAGGGAAAAGUCUCCCACAUCGGAACAAUAUGGUGCAAAUGAGCAACUUGAUUUUUUCUUUCUCCAGUAGGAAAAACAGGCUGACAUGGGCCAGAUAAAUAUCUGUAAGACAGGCAGGAGAGUUCAGAGCAGAUACGGGAGUCUCCCAGGAGCGCAGAUUUGUGCCUCUCCUUAGCACUCCGCAUUGGCUAUAGGAAGUGGCACCCGCUGCAUCUUCAGCCUUUAAAUGCCAUUUUUAAAUGCUUAACCCUUUGUAGGCUUAUAUAAGCACCGCUGGACAGCAGGACACAGCUACGUACAACAUAAAGCCAGCUGUAGAUUUAAAUUAAACUCAUCUAUGCAACACUAAGGAAAAUUUUACAAGACAAACCGAGUCCUUCCCGGUGACCUACUUUUAGCCCACUAUCCUUAUCCAGGCUGAGUGAAGCAGAGCAAUCCCUGGUGCUCUGCUUCCCGUGCCUUGCAGGUAGCACCAGUGGCACGCUGACAGGCCAAGGCAGUCGGAAGGGAACCACCACCCACCCACAGCCCUUAACGCUGGAACUUCAGCUGAAGUGUUCCCAUGGAGCUAUAUUGCCUUUUGUUAUUUAUUAUUAAAGUUGGUCACUACAUCAGUCCUUCUGCAGAACUUACGUUUGACUAAUUUACUUUUAAGAUGACAUGGAGUAGUUCUGUAGGGCCGCAAAAGUAGGGCAUUAACCAGAACAGGUAAGGUCUACAAGAUCAAUCUUUAGGUUUUGGUGGGGUUGUUAGAUUUCUAACAUAACUUAAACAGUUAAUAGCUUUGGUUGCUGUAAUGCAGGGAUUAAGUGUGACUCCCAAAGUUUCCCUAGUAAAACACCAGCACUACCAAAAAUCCAUUGUGCAAGUUUCUCAUGCUCCCCCGUCUCUAAAGCCAGGUUAUACACAUGGAAAAUACUUCAGAUUGCGAAGUUUUGGUAGAGAAACAUGCAAAUAUGGUGCCACUGCAUCUCGCAAACACCUACUGUGAAAUAAUUCACCCUAUGUGAGCCAACCUGGGAGAACUCGGUUAGGAGCUCGCCCUGGUUCUUCGGGCCCAGGCAGCCCCUCUGCCGGCACCGUGCUGACCCGCAGGGAGCCACCGCCGCGCGCGACGGGAAAGGGACCUUGUUCUGUACAACAAUUUGCUGUGGAUUUUUGAAUUCUCCGUGGAUUUCUUUCUUUCCAAAUACCUUUAAAUUAUAAAUGAAACUUGUAUUUUUGCAGAAAGACUGCUAUUAAGCUAUCCUGAUGUGUUUUUUUCCUGAUCAACUAGCGUUACUUUCCACUAUCACGUUGUGUGUGGCGAGGAGCAAUGAAAAAAAAAGCGAUAGUAGUACACAUGCUAUAGACACUGACAAAGACCUAAAGGAAAACGCAUAUACAAAGUUUUACUUUCCUAAUAGGAACACUGGCAUUAGCAAAUAGUAUAUUUGAACCAAUAGGAAAUAUUACUUUGUAGUAGCAAACACUUUGUAAAUAAAAACUUGCUAUUUUUUUAAAUGGAAAUUUUAUAGAAUAAGCUAUUUCUGUAUACUCAACUGAUCCCAUGUUUACUGAAAAUGCUGCAAGUGGGAAUUGUACAUUGCAAAAUGGGGGUAGGGAGCAAUGUCUGCCUGAAGUGAAAAGUAUGUACAGGCUGGAGAGAAACAUCAUUUGGCUGCUUGUGAACAGGAAAGUAAAGCUGAACUGUAUAGGAACCGAAUAAAAGAAUUUCAAGGCAA